ACAUUUCACUAAAUUUAUUUUGUUACCAAAAGUCUUGCUGUGAUUUAUUAAAUUCAACAACAACAACAACGACAACGAUUUUAUAUCCGAAAAAAUGGCUUUUACCCGUAAUUUGAUUAUUACCAUUUUCGUUACCGUUUCAACUUUGGCCCAUUUCGUUUAUGUACAAGAAACAAUCGGUAAUAAUGAAACGACGACUGCUGCUCCAUUAAUACCAUCAUCAUUUGGCUCGAUUUCAUUGAAUGAAUUGAAUGAAACAUUUCAUCAGAUUCUAUUCAAUACGGCCAAUUUGACCAACCAAUGGCAAUAUGAAUUACUGAAUACAUCGACGGCUAUUGUAUCGAAUUUAACGAAACAUUUAGAAUCAUUGAAUAAUAAUACAUUGGUUCAUAUGUUAUACAAUACAAGCCUUACAUCGAUGGAAACUGGUACCAAUGUAUUCACCGAAAGUAUUGCAAGACCGGCAACAUUUUUUGUUGGACAAAAUUUACGUCUACUUGGCAGUGGUCUUUGGUCAUUGGGACAUUCAUUGAAACAUUCUGGUUACCAUAUUUCCAAUCUAGAGCCAGUCAUACAAAAUGUAUCACAAACAUUAUCUGAAUAUGGUAUCAAUUUGGUCAAUGCAAGUAUUCAACAUUAAUCAUCAUCAGCCAAUCAAUCAAUUCAACAAUACGUUGACGUCGACACAAUACUACUCAUCAUUAAAUUAAAUUAUAAAUCAUCCACUUCUAUUUAUGCUUUUCUAAUCAUUUUUUUUUGGCAUUGUUUUACAUUUUGAAAUUGACUAAAUUUUCCAUUUCUGUAAAAUAUUGACUUUAACAAUAAAGCAAGAAAAGAGGAAAAAAA